CUCUCUAUAAAAAUGGUGGCUUUUAUUUAACAAACAGAGACGCACUCCACAGCUAACGUUGCUUUCGUCCCACUCCAAAUGGCUCUUCUGUAAAUCUUUUUACCUCCUUCACACACUCUUACGAAGAAGAAGAAGACUUUUCUUUCUUCAGGAAGCUUUACGAACUUAAAAUUCCCCAUCUUUUCUUUCUCAAUUUUGCGAAUUUUCCGAGUCGAACGAUUUUGCGAAUUUUCUUAACUCGAACGAGUUGAUCAAGUCGGUCGGUUCUGGUUUUUCUCUGGAUUUCAAUUCGGUUAUUUCCGGUUAAAGCUUUAUUUUUUUCCGAUUAUGGAUCUGACCCAAGGGUUCGGAGCUAGAUCCGGCGUUGGACCGGUGACCGGACUUGAAUCGCUCAAUUUCAGCGACGAAUUCCGCCAAUUGGUGACGACGAUGCCCCCGGAGAAUACCGGCGGCUCUUUCACGGCUUUGCUCGAGAUGCCUGUGACUCAAGCCAUGGAGCUUCUCCAUUUCACGGAUUCAUCGUCUUCUCAGGAGGCCAACAUUACCAAACUCGCCGGAGAUAAUAUCGCUCCUCCUCAUGACCCUUUCGCGACUUUGACUUUUCCUUCCAACUCCCUUCUCUUGGACCGCGCCGCUCGUUUCUCGGUGAUUGCUACUGAGCAAAACGGAUAUAUCUCCUCCGGCGAUACUCCGAGCUCUAGCGCGAAUCUGGACGGAGGAGUCAAGGCCGAGCCUGCUGAGACUGAUUCAAUUUCGGAGAAUCAGAAUUCGAAACACAACAAGAGGAAAGAACGCGAGAAGAAGGCUAAAAGCUCGAUGAAGAAGACGAAGAGCUCCGUUGAGGCAGACAAGUUGCCGUAUGUUCACGUUAGAGCUCGUCGUGGUCAAGCUACUGAUAACCAUAGCUUAGCAGAGCGAGCAAGAAGAGAGAAGAUAAACGCACGAAUGAAGCUGCUACAGGAACUGGUCCCAGGCUGUGAUAAGAUUCAGGGAACUGCAUUGGUUCUGGAUGAAAUCAUUAACCAUGUGCAGUCUUUACAGCGUCAAGUGGAGAUGCUAUCUAUGAGACUUGCUGCAGUAAACCCCAGAACUGACUUCAAUCUCGACACCAUAUUGGCUUCAGAAAGCGGCUCUCUUAUAGAUGGUAGCUUCAAUGGAGAGUCUUAUCAUCAGCUGCAACAAUGGUCUUACGAUGGCUACCAUCAGCCGGAAUGGGGAAGAGAAGAAGAUCAUCACCAAGAUUUCCCAAAUCAGGUGAAAAUGGAGCUCUAAAGUUGGAAACACUUUGACAUGCUUGUGUAUAUAUAUAAGAGUUAGUAUAUCUCUCUAAAGUCUCGAUUGUUGAAUUAGAGGUAGAAGAAAAUGGUUAUGAUUGUUUCAGGUCUCUCUGUUCAUGGCCUUUCUAUAUAUAUUUACCAGAAUUCAGAAUGUUUCCCUUAAAAGAGAAGUAUAUGAAGAUUUGAUAUGUUACUCUG